UGCAAUAAUAAGAUUAUAAAACUAAGCGAUAGCACAUUGUUUUAUAGAUGUCCUCCGCUUUCGGCCGUAUAUUGUGCAUGGAAUUCCUAUUAUUUCUCGAAAACGUGAUAAACCUAUGAGGAGAGGAAGGCAUUGCGCAGCUGUGGGGUAUCAAUUUUUUUUUUAAAUAUUCAAAAAUGUCUUGUGAGUGUAAGGAUCGACCUAAACGUAAAUAUUACCGUUAUUAUGAUACACCUGACGGCUGUGAUGUUUUCGACAAGAUUCUAGUAACGAGUCGAUACGGAGGUAUAGCUGGCUUGAUAUUGUCUACUUACGAUGUCUUAAUGUAUUCGCACGCUGUUGGCUUGGGGCCUAUUAUGAGACGGUAUGCCUACCACACAGUACCACUAGUCAUGAUGGGAGCAACCUUCGCAAGCGUUGCUAAUGGAGUUCAACUAUUACGAGGAAAAGAUGAUAUACUAAACUAUUUCAUCGGUGGGUUUGCUUGUGGGCCAAUUCUGGCGUACUAUUUAGGCAGCAAUCACGCAGUGUUAUUAGGAGGUCUAGGUCUUGGAGUCAUCGGCAUGAUUAAGAAGAAUGCAAUUGAAAAUAAUUACACUCUAGUACCUCAAGUCCCAGGACAUAUGGGAACAAUCCGUAGUUGGAAACAUGAUUAUACGUAUUUAGCAGACCCAAGGGAUAACAAUACUGAACCAUUCAAAGAUACCAACCGCCAGGGCAGCUAUUACACUCUCAAAUAUUCUCAGCGGCCCGGACUUCACAAACACCAACAACUCAUAACAAAACUAAACAAAGCUAGUCAACGACUCAGCACAUACUACGAAACCAAACGACAUACUCUCAAGUUCAGAAAAAUCUGCACAAUCUGCAUGACCAUCAACGAUAGCUUCACGACCGUGAACUAA